UCAUUGGAAGUCCAUGGACAUGAAUUCAUUUCACUCAUUUUGUUGGAACACCUCUACUGAACUUUCAAACAAAUCCCAGAAUAAAGAAUUUGUUUAUCAGACCCCCAGUGUUGUGGAUACUGUCAUCCUCCCUUCCAUGAUUGGGAUUAUCUGUUUCACAGGACUAGUUGGCAACAUCCUCAUUGUAUUCACUAUACUAAGGUCCAGGAAGAAAACAGUCCCUGACAUUUAUAUCUGCAACCUGGCUGUGGCCGAUCUGGUCCACAUCAUUGGAAUGCCUUUUCUUAUACACCAGUGGGCCCGGGGAGGAGAGUGGGUAUUUGGGGGGCCUCUCUGUACCAUCAUUACAUCUCUGGAUACCUGCAACCAGUUUGCCUGUAGUGCCAUCAUGACCGUGAUGAGUGUGGACAGGUACUUGGCCCUAGUCCAGCCAUUUCGACUGACGAGGUGGAGAACAAGGUGCAAGACCAUUCGCAUCAAUUUGGGCCUCUGGGCAGCUUCCUUCAUUCUGGCAUUGCCUGUCUGGGUCUACUCAAAAGUUAUCAAAUUUAAAGACGGCGUCGAGAGUUGUGCUUUUGAUUUGACAUCCCCUGACGAUGUACUCUGGUAUACACUUUAUUUGACGAUAACAACUUUCUUUUUCCCUUUACCCUUGAUUUUGGUGUGCUACAUUUCAAUUUUAUGCUACACCUGGGAGAUGUUUCAACAGAAUAAGGAUGCCAGAUGUUACAAUCCCAGUGUACCCAAGCAGAGGGUGCUGAGGCUGACAAAGAUGGUGCUGGUGCUGGUGGCUGUCUUUGUCCUGAGCGCUGCCCCCUAUCACCUGCUGCAACUGGUGAACUUACAGAUGGAGCAGCCCACGCUGGCCUUCUACGUGGGCUACUAUCUCUCCAUCUGUCUCAGCUACGCCAGCAGCAGCAUCAACCCUUUCCUCUACAUCCUGCUGAGUGGCAACUUUCGGAAACGUCUGCCUCAAGUUCAAAGGAGGGUGACUGAAAAGGAAACCGACAUAUGGAAAACACCUGAAAUCGGGCUGUUAGGAAAAUCCACAAAUCACCAGGACUGUGUAUGUCGCUGAUAUCAUUAGAAAGGGCAGACGGACCAGUCUGCUUGCGCCAAUUCUUCUUAUGUAUGUGUGAUUCUUAGCCGCAUGGAACAGAAGUUUAACCGUUCGAAUGCAAUGAAUUUAAUGUGCUAACU